AUGGCCGCCGACCCGGAAAAGUCGCCCAUAGAGGCGCAAUCGGCACCGACCUCGAGCCACGGUGCCUCCUCAGACGUCGAUGUGACGCUCUCGUCGAGAGACGGCCAGAAGCCGGAGACGCAGGUGGAUCUGAAAAAGGUCGACUCCAAGCUGCCGGCUGCGCCUGCUCCCAAGGCUGACGACCUCGACGAGCUGUACGCUCAUCUGCCCGCUCACCAGGCCGAGAUCCUGAAGCGCCAGGUCUACACCCCCGACAUCAAGGCCGGAAUCAAGGCCGUCUAUCGAUAUGCUUCCCGAACCGAUCUGGCCAUCAUCUUCGUGUCUGCCAUUUGUGCCAUUGCUUCUGGUGCCGCCAUUCCCAUGAUGACCAUCAUCUUCGGUCGGCUCCAGGGCGUUUUCCAGACAUACUUCUACAGCGGUGGUGAGAUGUCCUACCACCAGUUCGUCAACGAAAUGAGCAAGUUUGUCCUCUACUUUGUCUAUCUGGCCAUCGGAGACUUCGUCGUCACCUACAUCACCACUGUUGGCUUCAUCUACACUGGUGAGCAUAUCGCUGCCAAGAUUCGUGAGCACUACCUGGAGAGCUGCAUGCGCCAAAACAUUGGCUUCUUUGACAAGAUCGGCGCUGGUGAGGUCACCACCCGCAUCACUGCCGAUACCAACCUCAUCCAGGAUGGUAUUUCAGAAAAGGUCUCUCUUACCCUCGCCGCUCUGGCUACUUUCUUCACGGCCUUCAUCAUCGGCUUCAUCAACUACUGGAAACUGACCCUUAUCCUGUCCUGCACCGUCUUCGCCUUGGUUCUCAAUGCCAGUCUCCUUGGUCGUAUCAUGAUUAAGAACAACAAGGCUUCUCUUGAGGCGUUUGCUAUGGGCGGCAGCAUGGCUGAUGAAGUCCUCAGCUCCGUCCGAAACGCCAUUGCUUUUGGCACUCAGGAUCGCCUUGCCAAGCAGUAUGACCAGCAUCUUCAAAAGGCUGAGAAGUAUGGCUCCCGGGUCAAGGGCGCUAUGGGCGUCAUGAUUGCCGGUAUGAUGGGAAUCUUGUACCUCAACUACGGCUUGGCUUUCUGGCAGGGCAGCAAGUUCCUUGUUGAGGGCAUCAUCCCCUUGUCCAAGGUUCUGACCAUCAUGAUGUCCAUCAUGAUUGGUGCCUUCCAGCUUGGAAACGUCACCCCUCACAUUCAGGCCUUUACCACUGCGCUCGCCGCUGCUGCCAAAAUCUUCAACACCAUCGAUCGAGUCUCCCCGUUGGACCCCACCGAGGAUAAGGGUGAAAAGCUUAGUGACCUGCAGGGCAACAUUCGCUUGGAAAACGUCGAGCACAUUUACCCCUCCCGACCCGAGGUCAAGGUCAUGGACGGCGUGACCCUGGAUAUUCCUGCCGGCAAAACCACUGCUUUAGUCGGUGCUUCUGGAUCUGGAAAGAGUACCAUUGUGGGCCUGGUCGAGAGAUUCUAUGACCCUGUUGGAGGCACCGUCUACUUGGAUGGCCAUGACAUUAGCAAGCUCAACCUGAGAUGGCUGCGUCAGCAGAUGGCCCUCGUCAGCCAGGAACCUACGCUUUUCGGAACGACCAUCUAUCACAACAUCCGCUACGGUUUGAUCGGCACUGAGGACGAAAACGCUAGCGAGGAGAAGCAGCGCGAGCUUGUCAUCGCCGCCGCCGUCAAGGCCAACGCUCACGACUUCAUCACUGCCCUGCCCGAAGGAUACGAGACAAACGUUGGUGAACGCGGUUUCCUCUUGUCUGGUGGUCAGAAGCAACGUAUCGCAAUUGCUCGCGCUGUCGUGUCAAACCCCAAGAUCCUGCUGCUGGACGAAGCCACGUCGGCUCUCGACACCAAGUCUGAGGGCGUUGUUCAAGCUGCCUUGGAAGCUGCCUCUCAGGGUCGAACCACCAUUACCAUUGCCCACCGAUUGUCCACCAUCAAGGAUGCCCACAACAUCGUCGUCAUGUCCAAGGGAAGCAUUGUUGAGCAGGGUACCCACGAUGAGCUGCUCGAGAAGAAGGGUGCCUACUACAACCUCGUCUCGGCCCAGAACAUUGCUGUCAGCGCGGAAAACACCGAAGAGGAUGAUGAAAUCGCCGAGAAGGAGGAGAUGCUCAUUCGCAAGCAGACCACCAACAAGGAAGAGUAUGAAGCCGACCCCGACGAUGACAUCGCCGCCAAGCUUGACCGUACAGCUACCCAAAAGUCGGCCUCGAGUAUUGCCCUCCAGAAGCGAAAGCAAGAGGAGGAACAAGAAUACAGCCUGUGGACUCUUAUCAAGGUCAUUGCCUCUUUCAACGCCCCCGAGUGGAAGUUGAUGCUUAUCGGUCUCGUCUUCUCUACCAUUUGCGGUGGCGGUAACCCGACUUCUGCAGUCUUCUUCGCCAAGCAGAUCGUCACUCUCUCGCAACCCAUCACUCCCGAGAACAGGCACCAUGUCAAGUCGACUUCCGACUUUUGGAGCUCCAUGUACCUGAUGCUUGGUAUCGUCCAGUUCCUCGCCUUCGCCUCUCAAGGUAUCCUGUUUGCUAUCUGCUCCGAGCGCCUCGUCCACCGUGUUCGAGACCGUGCUUUCCGCGCCAUGCUGCGUCAGGAUGUUGCUUUCUUCGACAAGGACGAGAACACGGCUGGUGCUCUGACCUCAUUCCUCUCGACUGAGACGACUCACGUUGCUGGUCUUAGUGGCGCCACGCUAGGCACCUUGCUGAUGAUGAGCACCACUUUGAUCACGGCCAUUGUCCUGUCAAUCUCCAUCGGAUGGAAGCUCUCGCUCGUCUGUGUCGCCACCAUUCCCGUGUUGCUGGGAUGCGGCUUUUUCCGCUUCUGGCUGCUUGCUCACUUCCAGCGUCGCUCCAAGGCCGCAUACGCCGCGUCCGCCACAUUUGCUUCCGAGGCCAUUUCUGCCAUCAGGACCGUCGCCGCCCUUACCCGCGAACAAGAUGUCCUGAGGCAGUACCACGAGUCGCUUGCUGAGCAGCAGAGACGCAGUCUGAGGUCGGUGCUCAAGUCCAGUCUGCUGUACGCUGCUUCUCAGUCGUUCAGCUUCUUGGUCUUUGCGCUGGGCUUCUGGUACGGUGGUACCCUGAUCGGAAAGGGCGAAUACAACCUGUUCCAGUUCUUCCUCUGCUUCAUGGCUGUCGUUUUCGGCGCCCAGUCUGCUGGUUCCAUCUUCUCCUUUGCCCCUGACAUGGGCAAGGCCCACCACGCUGCCAAGGAGUUGAAGGUCCUGUUCGACCGCAAACCCGCCAUUGACACCUGGUCAGAGGAGGGCAUGCCGGUGACUGAAGUCGAGGGAAGCAUCGAAUUCCGCGACGUUCACUUCCGCUACCCGACCCGCCCGGAGCAGCCAGUUCUGCGAGGCCUGAACUUGACCAUCCAGCCUGGCCAGUAUGUUGCCCUUGUCGGUGCAUCAGGCUGCGGAAAGAGUACUACGAUUGCUCUCUUGGAACGAUUCUACGAUCCUCUCAGCGGUGGUGUCUACAUUGACGGCAAGGAAAUCAGCUCGCUCAACCUGAACGACUAUCGGUCCUUUAUCGCUCUUGUCAGCCAGGAGCCUACACUCUAUCAGGGAACCAUCAAGGACAACAUUCUGCUUGGAUCUCAGACAAACGUCUCCGAUGAGGCUGUUGAAUUUGCUUGUCGCGAGGCAAACAUUUACGACUUCAUCAUGUCUUUGCCCGAGGGCUUCAACACCAUCGUCGGUAGCAAGGGUGCUCUGUUGUCUGGUGGUCAGAAGCAGCGCAUUGCCAUUGCCCGAGCCCUGAUCCGCAACCCCAAGAUUCUCCUUCUUGAUGAGGCCACAUCUGCUUUGGAUUCCGAGUCAGAGCACGUUGUGCAAGCUGCCCUGGACAAGGCCGCCAAGGGUCGCACCACCAUCGCCGUGGCCCACCGUCUCAGCACCAUUCAGAAGGCCGACGUCAUCUACGUCUUCAACCAGGGCCGCAUCGUCGAAGCUGGUACCCACCCCGAGCUGAUGAAGAAGAACGGUCGCUAUGCGGAGCUGGUCAACCUCCAGAGUCUGGCCAAGCACAACUAG